AUGUUUUCAACCGACACCGAAAAGAAGCAGGCCGCUGUUCAGGUCACUCCGGUGGAUGUGAUAUCCAGCGGCGACACAACCCCAACACUGCCCCCCAGCGAGAAUGUGCCGGCGUUGAGUGAUGCUGACCGCAAGCUCGAAGCCAUGGGGUACAAGCCACGUGAAUUCUCUGCCUGGUCUAGCUUCAGCUUUGCCAUGAGUAUCUCGGGCAUCUACAGCUCGCUCAUGUCAGCCUGGGUGUACGGCCUCCAAGCUGGUGGUCCCGCGGCCGUCAUGUGGAGUUGGAUCGUUGGGGGUGCGGGUGCCUGGGCCAUGGCUAUGAGUCUUGCCGAGUUGUCGUCAGCGUAUCCGAGCGCGGGCGCGAUGUAUUCGGUGCUCCGGUAUGUCGCGCCCGAAGGGCAAGCUCCGUUUCUGUGCUGGAUGUCGGGCUACGUCAGUCUCGCUGGCAUCAUCGCCGGCACGGCUAGCGGGGAAUACGCCUCGAGCCAGAUGCUCCUGGCCGCCAUCUCCAUCGCGACCGACUUCCGCUACGUGCCGACACCCGGCCAUAUUUUCGGCGUUAUGGUCUGUCUCUCCGUCGUCCACGGCGCCAUCAACAGCCUACCCACGCGCUGGCUGACUCGGCUGACGAGCGGGUAUGUGGUGUUCCACAUGAGCGUGCUCGUCGGGGCCUGCGUGUGCUUGCUUGUCAAGACGGAAGGGAAGAAUAGCGUCGCGUACGCAUUCACGGAAUUCGAGCCGGCACUCUCGGGCUGGUCGCCGCCCGGGUUUGCCUUCUUGUUCGGGUGCUUGACGCCGGCGUGGAUCAUGACCAAUGCGGACAGUACUGCUCGUCUCGCCGAAGAAGCAAUCAACCCGGCCCUCGUCGUCCCCAACGCCAUCGCCACCGCAACCACCUUCACGUACUUCGUCGGCCUCCUCUUCAACCUCGUCCUCGUUGUCUGCAUGACCGCCGCAACAGGCAGCACCCCAUCCGCCCUUCUCCAGUCCCCCACCGGCCAACCCGUCGCCCAGCUCUUCGCCAACACCCUCGGCCGCGCCCCGGCCGUCUUCUUCACCCUGGCCGGCUUUGGCGUCAUGAACCUGUGCUCAAUCCCCGGCAUCCAGGGCGGGAGCCGGACCAUCUUUGCGUAUGGGCGCGAUGACCUGCUUCCGUGGUCGGGUGUUUGGAGGCGGUUGGACACGCGCUCCGGCACGCCCGUAGCGGCUGUGUGGUUGUUCGUUGCGCUAUCUGUGGCGGUUAAUUUUUUGGGUCUAAUCGGGGAAGAGGCGGCUGUGGCGGCGGUGUUUAAUAUCUGCACCGUUGCGCUGAACCUGUCGUAUGUGCUGCCGAUUGUGUGCAAGUUGAUGUAUGGACGGUUUGAGAGGGGCCCGUGGCAUCUCGGCCGGUGGAGUUUGCCCAUGAAUAUUGUGGCCGUUGGAUGGAACGUCUUUGUCUCGGUGAUCUUCUUCCUCCCGACAAAGCUGCCUGUGACAAACGAAAAUAUGAACUACGCUAGCGUCGUGUUCGUGUUCGUCACUCUCUUCUCUCUUGGCUUCUGGUAUGCUCAAGGACGGCACUACUACACCGGCGCCGGGUCAGCAUCAAAGAAAAGCUCGCAAAGUUCUGGUUGA